AUGGCUUCAGUUCCCACCCGCAGGACCAUAGAGGUGGCCCUGCAGGAAAGGCCACUGCUCCAGCUCCACGAUACCUUAUGCUGCCUCCCCAACCUCCCUGCCCAGACCUUGCCUCUACUCCUCCUCCUGAUGCUGCUUGUCUUCCCGGAGCUGCUCAGUGCUCAAGGUAAUACCGCACGAACAGCAACUGUGAAACAAGUUUUAAAUACUGUGGAACCUGAGUUAUCAGAUGUGCUGCUAUCUCAUAACUAUACCAAACUUAUUGUUUCCAGCACCAGUGCCCCAGCCCUUGUACCCAGUUCAGAAAAAAAUGAAGUGACCACAUCUGUAUUCCCUCUGUCACCUACUGCCAUACCCCAAAUGGAAAUUGAUGCUACUGAAGAUACUAGAAUAGAGGACGAGGAACUUCUUGCACUGAACAGUUCUUCAUCUGUAACCAAGGAUGUUUUGGACAAUGGGGAUUAUGGAGAACAAGACUAUGACUGGACUCCUAAUACCAGAGAUGAUACUGAUGAGCAAACGCAAGAAAAUACAGCUUAUGCAGGAUUUGAACAGACUGUUAAUCUGAACAAUUUUCAUGAGACAAAAUCCUUUAAGUCUGCAUCAUCAAAUGUAGAGGAGGAAGACAGCCAUUUCUUUUUUCAUCUCAUUAUUUUUGCUCUUUUGAUUGCUAUUGUUUAUAUCACAUAUCACAACAAAAGAAAGAUCUUCCUAAUGGUUCAGAGCAGAAAAUGACAUGAUGGUCUUUGCUCCAAAACUGUGGAAUAUCAUCGACUAGAUCAGAAUGUUAAUGAGGCAAUGCCUUCUCUGAAGAUUACUAAUGAUUAUAUUUUUUGAAAGUACUAUGA